AUGUCGGACGAUACCCCUAGGCCAUGCUGGUUUGUCACAGAACUAUCAUGCGGAGAGCUCGGAAAUCACGAGGCUUUCAAAGACUACCUCGUGUACAUCUCACAAGUCAAGGAUAAUCAUGAAUUUGUCUUCCUUGAUGUGCCCCCUGGUUGGGUAGAGAGUGCGUUCUUGCUCCUUAAUGAGGUUAUGUCUGCUCGUUGUACCAGCAAUCGUCCAUCUGGGGCAGAAAUGGGGGCAUCACGCCAGACGAAGAGGGAAUGGUCCACGGAGAAGUUGGCACGAUUCCCUAGUGGUCCGUACAUAAAUUCGAGGAUGGAGCCGGACUUCUUCUUCAUACUCCAUGGCUGUACUUUUCCAACAGUCGCUGUGGAAUGCGGAUGGAGUGAAACUAUGCAACGACUACAUGACGAUUUGAACCUCCUGCUAGUGGGAGGUGCCGGUAGUGUAAAGGUUGUGAUCAUUGUACAAUGGUCAAAGCUCACAGGGAAUCGUGUUUCCGGCGUUGCUGAGCUCUAUAUGUGCAACCGAUACGGUAUUCCGAUAUGUAGGCAACGUGAGGUUAUUUUCCCUCAUGACCAUACUAAGCUCAACCAACGACUUUUUAUCAAACGAGGCGAUCUCCUUGGGUCGAGGGUGGAUCAUCCUAACGGGUUACUUGAGUUUGAUAUUGAUCGCCUACGAGAAUAUGCAACUUGUGCCCUCUGUCGUAUGGACCUUACUCCCGCGACUUAA